UACCUAUCGAUUACUUGAUGAUCAUGCCUAAAGUAAACUGCUUUUCUUGUUUUAAUUUUCAAUAGAGACAAAGAUAGACUAGAGGUCAAGUGGUGGGGCAGUGUAAUCUAAAUACCCAAAAUGACAAUGCAUGAUAACAUCUAAUUUGUUACAUUCCGAUGUGAGCACACUACGCGGUCGGCCAUUUCAUGCAGGGAAGACAAGAACACGCAUAACAGCGUAACAUUUGAGAAAGGGAACUUCAAAAUACGCAUUUACUCGACAAGUGAAAAGUUUGAUUGAUGAUGCUGGAUACUCUUGAAUAUAUCUUGCUCUCUGAUGAUUACAAAAAUCCUCGACUGAUCUUCGGAUCCAUCGGGAUUGCAGUGCUAGUUUGGCUGACCUAUUACAUCCUGAGCGUCAUCCACGAGGGUUUCUUCAGUAAGCUCCCGCCUGGGCCUUUACCACUACCCCUGAUUGGCAACGCACACCUUCUCGGCGACAAACCACACCUGGAGUUUUGCCGCCUUGCGCGCAAGUACGGGCCAGUCUAUAAGCUUCGCCUCGGAAGACAGCUGGUGGUAGUUAUAAAUGACUUAGCGCUAAUCAAGGAGGCAUCCAGAGGGAGCGACUUUGCGGGACGAGCCAAGAGCAUUUCAGGGGAGUUUUUCUCAGGGCAUGGAAAAAGCAUUGGGUUUCAAACGUACAGUGAACAGUGGAGGGGACAACACAAAGCGCUGACAAUUGCUAUAAGGCAUUGCGAAGGAAAACAAGGCCCUCUCGAGGCGACUGUAGCGGAUGAAGUUGAGAAGCUUCUGGGGAGAUUAGCUAAACAAGCUGACUCCACCUUUGACCCGCGCUUAGAUCUGGGCCUUCUGGUGACAAAUGUUUUUUCUAGAGUAAUAUUUGGAAGAAUGUUCAAGAAAGAGGACGGAGAGUUUCAGUCACUUCUACAACAAACACUGAAUUUCUCUGAAGGCCUGGCGGCUGCGAAUUUCUUGGACGCGUUCCCGUUUUUGCAAGUCUUUCCGUUCCCCGUUAUCAAGAAAAUGCGAGAGACAGCUUCGCGACGAGACGAGAUCUUCCUAUCACAACACCAACUGCAUCAAGUCACCUUUAAAGAAGGUCGCAUCCGCGAUAUCGCUGACGCACUGAUACAAGCGGAGAAAGACGAGAAUCAGAACAUCGGGUCGCGACCAGACGCGGAUCUACCGCGGUCACUGGAUGGACUCAAGCGGAUGUACACUCUGAACGAGUCCAUGAUCGCGGGAAUCGAAUCGCCGCUGACCUGCAUCAUGUGGACCGUCGCUCUUCUCGCAAAGUACCCGGAUGUUCAGGCCAAGCUCCAGAAGAGCAUCGAUGACAUCAUCGGGCGCAGCCACGUACUGCUGACGUACCAAGAUCGCAGCAAAUUCCCGUAUGUAGAAGCUGUGAUUUACGAAGCGCUCCGACUUGCCACAGUAAUCCCGGUGGCUAUCCCGCACUUCACCAUGGCGGACGCGAAGCUCGCGGGAUACGAGAUCCCGAAAGACACCAUCGCUUUUUUUAACCUCUGGAACGUCCAUCACGACCCAGGCUUGUGGGAGAACCCGUAUGAGUUCAAGCCCGACCGAUUGAUUGACAGCAAAGGGGAGGUGAUCACCGCGGGCUUGUUACCGUUUAGCCUCGGUAUUCGCUCGUGUCCAUGGGAAGUCAGCUCACGCAAGAUGCUUUUCGUGUUGUUUGCAAACCUUUGCCAUCAGUUCACAUUUACGCAUGCGCAAGGGUGUCCGCUGCCCGAGGUCAAGGAUUGCAGAUUCGGAAUCACCCUUAGCCCACCCAGUUACAAGGUCAAGGUCAACAAGAGGCUGUAGAUGGGAUGUUCAAUGAUUUCUUACAUUUUUUUUCGUUUGUUGUCUUAUUGGUGCCCAUCCAGCGCUUUUUUGAAUAUUGUGGUUUGAUUUUUUUGUGUGAAACACUUGUACAGAAAAGUGUAAUUUCAGGAAAAAGGUUUUUUUCUAUACAAACGUCAUAUUCAGCAAUUGACGAGUGGAUCACAUACAUAACUUUUCAGUUUGUUCAUAAGUAUAUGCGAAUUGAAGCGGAUAAUACACAAUCUGCCCAAUAUGCUAAUAAAUAAUAUGGAACUGUAGUACUGUUAGCUCGCACUUAGGGUUUUUUACUUCCCUUUAAAAAUCCGCAGCUUUGAAAAAAAAAGUUUUAUAUUCUUUGGUGUUAUUUUGCAUCUGAUUCAUGUUGUCUUAGAACAAGGAAUGGCUUGAUAAUACUUUUAAGAUAAAAAAAUUAUGAAUGGUUGUAGCCUA